AUGUCCGCUCCACUGGUUUUCAUAACUGGUGCUACUGGUUUUAUCGGCAGCGCCACCGCUCUUGAGGCUCUCAAGGCAGGUUAUCGACUUCGAAUUUGUGUCCGGCAGGAAUCAGAUAAGCUCAAAGCUUUACUGUCAAGCUAUCGCGAUCAGAUAGAAUUCGUCGUCAUCUCAGAUCUCACUGUGGAGGCUUCUUUUAGAGGCAAGCUCGAUGGAGUGGAUUAUGUCUUACAUCUCGCGUCACCUCUUACCCACGGGACAGAUAAGGAAACAUAUUUCACCCCCGCGGUAAACGGAACACUGGCUAUUCUCAAAGAAGCCGACAGAGUUCCGAGCAUCAAGAAGGUUGUAAUCACUUCUUCUAUCGCUUCCUUGUUUCCCCUCACUGGAAUACCAGAGGGUGGUGUUAUAAAAGAGGACAACGACUGGGAUCUUACUGUUGAUCCAUUGGCAAAUUUCGUCGAUCCUAAGAACCCUGCCGCAGCACCAAUGACUUUGUACCGAGCUUCCAAAUUGCUUGCGGACAAGGCAACAUGGGACUUUUGGAAGACCAAUCAACCACAUUACUCAUUGGUGACUCUUCAUCCGGCGUUCGUUUUCGGGCAUAACCUGGUGCAAACCUCCGCCGAAGGGAUCCGAUCAGGAUCUAAUGGUGUCAUCUGGCGUGGUGUGAUGGAAGGAGCUGCAGCUGGAGGUAUCUCUAUCACGGGUGUGCAUGUUCAAGAUGUUGCUGAAGCGCAAAUCAAAGCACUGGGCCCGGAAAUUAAGGGUGGGUCCAAGUAUUUGCUUGCAGGAAAGCCAACAACAUGGAAGGAUGUGGCUCGCAUUGUGCACAAGUACUACCCCGAUAUUGGUGCUAAGCUCACAGAGGAUGCUGAAGGCGCUUCCACGCUCACCGAUACGUCAAAGGCAGAAAAUGAGCUUGGAAUGCAAUGGCGCUCAUGGGAGGAGAUUGUGCGAAGCAUUAUGGAUCAACAGCUGGGCUUUCUUCGAACGUAA